AUGACCAGGGUUGAGUACCGUUGCUCGAUCAAAAAGGGCGAUGGCCAUAAACCUCGGGAUGCGAUCGCCGUCGACCGCAUCCUUCCUGACUCAAAGGUGCCACAGGGUCUUGAGAUCUAUUUCUGCCGAACCAUCCGCGUUCCCGACAGCGGCGAAGUUCAAAACCUCCCUCCCGGCCUUGGCUUCUUCAAACUCUACAAGGUCCAGGACUACGCCUCCUCCCUGCCCCAAGACAUGGUUGACAAGGGAGGACUCUUCUUCCCGAUGCACCAGAAGGAAGCCUUGUGGAUCAAGUUCAAGGCCAAUGCUCCUUUCAUGAUCAAGAUCUACUGUGGAGGCGUGAACGUGGUCUCCGGCGAGCACAGCGAUGAGGAUGCCGAGACGAAGGAGCGUCGCUUGAACCUGGCCAAAGGCGGCAAGUCCAUUCAGGACUAUGUUGUCGUGCCAAAGCAGCCUUGGAUCGAUGGUGUUGCCGUCAAACCCUCGGUUGUCCGUCAAUUUGUUGCCAUGCCCAUCGGCCACGGUUAUACAGUUGAGGCACAGCUUACGGGCAAAGAGAUUGUUGGAGGAUUGCAGUUUGAGAUCACGCCCGCUCUGUGUGACCCCGAAGAUCGCGAGUCUACGGAAAUCCUUGACAUUUUCGUCAGAACUCUGACAAACAAGAUCAUUAAUCUGAAAUGCUCUCCAGAUGACGAUAUCAGCAGCAUCAUGGACCAGAUCUAUAACGAGGAAGGCAUUCUACCUGACCAACAGCGGCUGAUUUUCAGCGGAAAACAGCUAGAGCCUGACCAAACUCCGCGCGACUACAAAAUGAAGACGGAAAGCACUUUGCACCUGGUACUGCGUUUCCGAGGUGGCGGUCCCCUCCCGGCAAAGCGCGAAGGGAUGGGAAUAGCUGCCGGAGGAAUGAUCAAGCAGGACAUUCGAAGGGACACUUACGACCCCAAGAAGUGGAUGGGAGGAUUGACCCUCACCAUUCCUGUCCAGAUCCUCGACAACCAGACGUUUCGUGAGGUCACUGGCCUUGAGCCGCCCCCUUGUCCGAUCGACGCAGAAACUUACGCCUCGAUCGGCAUCGCGUACUUCGAUUUGUACGAGGAAAGCCCGACAGACGUCUCAGGUGCCGAGGCCUUCAGCACCCUGCGCAGCAUCAACGAGAUCGACAUGGCCCGCGGCCACACAAAGGCCCCCGAGGCUGCGGUCCACCCUCGGGUAGUCAAGCUCGCCGACGAUGGCAACGGCCAUGUUUACGAGGUCAAAGAUCCUGAUGGGCUGCUGGACCCUCGUGGCGCACGCCGUGAGUUCCGCACCCUGGCUGACCUGGAGGCAGAGAUGAGGGGCUUGAACCUGGGCGGUUAG